CAUUUGCACUGGUCACAAAUCACAACCAUGUGACAUACCCAUUUUGCAAUUAUUAAAUUACAAGUGUUUGACAAGUUGAGAGAGGAGUUAUGUGGACAGAUGAUCGAACUCCAGUAUAAUAAUAAAGAGUUAACAAUGCAGCUCAAGGAGCAAAAGUCAUAACUAUUAGACUUAAAACAAGAUAGGAACAGUCAGAUUGAUCAACUAAUCUGUGUCCAAGGUGAAAUUCGAUUGGACAUGAUGGAAAUAAGGUCGAGCAUGCCAUUCUUGUCCGAUUCCAUUACUGCUUUAAUAUCGAGUACGAUGGAUGCAAUUUUAGCAAAAGCAACUGAGAAGAGUGAAACUCACAGCGUUGGAGAUGCACCACAACAGGAGAAGGUCACAGACAUUGAACAAAAUAUCGAUAGGAAAGGCAAUAGCAAGAUGGACCCAGCUGACGAAAUUAAAUAUCUGUCCUUUCCUCCAACCCUGUCUUUCGACUUAGGUGUUGCUUCAACACCAAUCAUUUCUAAUGAGGUUGAUGUCAUUAUAGCUGGUGUGGUAAAGGACUGUGAAACUGAGGAAUAGGUUGAUGUAGCGACGAUGACCAUAAGUGAGGACCAAGUACUUCAUAUCGCGUUGCAUACAUUUAUAGGUCACAAACACCUUACACAUUGACUUGAAAAUGUGGCACUGAGCGCAAAUCACCUUUCAUUCUUA